UACUUUUGCUUUAGACACAACUGACCAUCCCACCGGCGAACCAUCCACCACCUCCGAGACAAAAUGGGUGCCUACAAAUACUUGGAAGAGCUCGCCAAGAAGAAGCAGUCUGACGUUAACUUGUUCUUGUCGCGCGUGCGCGCCUGGGAGUACCGCCAGCUGAACGUCAUCCACCGUGCCAGCAAGCCCUCCCGUCCCGACAAGGCUCGUCGUUUGGGUUACAAGGCCAAGCAAGGAUACGUUAUUUACCGUAUCCGUGUUCGUCGUGGUGGUCGCAAGCGCCCUGUUCCCAAGGGUCAAACUAUGGGCAAGCCCGUCAACCAAGGUGUUAGCGAGCUCAAGUACCAACGUUCCCUCCGCUGCACUGCUGAGGAGCGUGUUGGUCGUCACUGUGCCAACCUCCGUGUCUUGAACUCCUACUGGGUCAACCAAGACGCUACCUACAAGUUCUACGAGGUCAUUCUUGUCGAUCCCAACCACAAGGCCGUCCGUCGUGAUCCUCGCAUCAACUGGAUCUGCAACGCCGUUCACAAGCACCGUGAGGCCCGUGGUCUUACCUCCAUUGGCAAGAAGUCCCGUGGUAUUGGCAAGGGUCACCGUCACAACCACAACCCUCAACACCGUACCUGGUUGCGUCACAACACCCUUUCUCUUCGUCGUUACCGUUAGUGAUUGUGAACAGCUGCUGUUUAUGUACAGCAAAUUGCUUUCUAAAACGAAUACAAGUGUUCGGUGGAAA